AUGUCUUCGAUCUCUGGUCAGAAAUUGAGAGAUGACGGCGGGAAGCUUCUGAGUGGGACACAAAGAGACUACCUCAACAACUCCGACCCGAUCUACGCUUCCUCUCCAUCUCGAAUUCUCCAGCCAAAAGCCUCUGCUCACUCUAGCUCAACAGAUCCGGUGGCUGCUAACGGCGAAGCUGGAGAAGGCUAUUGCUGCUAG